GGUCCCCGCGCCGGCGCUGACGCUGGAGGAGCUGCGGGCGUUCCUGGAGCAGAUGAACCAACUGCCCUGCGUGAUGCACCAGAUCGGGGACGUGCAGGCCCUGCUGGACCGAGUGGAAGCCUUCCAGGCCGAGGCCCGGGCCGCGCUGGCCGUUGCCGCUCCGGGCGCGGGGGCCCUGCAGGAGCUGCUGGAGCGCGGGGCCCGCCUGGGCGUGGAGGUGCCCGAGGGCCGGCGGCUGGAGCGGCAGCUGGCCCAGGCCGCGUGGCUGGAGGAGGGUCGGCCACGCUGCGCUCCCCCCGCGCCCCGCGUCCCCCUGCCCGUCAUGCGCGGCCUCAUCCAGGCCGGCCGCACCGUGGCCCCCAGCCCCGCCGUGGACGUGGCCAUGGCCGAGCUGCAGGAGCUGCUGACCAUCGCCCAGCGCUGGGAGGAGAAGGCCCAGAUGUGCCUCGAGGCCAGGCAGAAGCACCCCCCGGCCACGCUGGCUGCCAUCAUCAAGGAGGCCGAGAACAUUCCAGCGCUGCUGCCCAACAUCCAGGCCCUGAAGGAGGCCCUGGGCAAGGCCCGAGCCUGGAUCGCCGACGUCGAGGAGAUCCAGAACGGUGACCAUUACCCAUGCCUGGAUGACCUGGAGGGUCUGGUGGCCGUGGGCCGGGACCUGCCCGUGCGCCUGGAGGAGCUGCGGCAGCUCGAGGUGCAGGUGGGCACCGCGCACUCCUGGCGGGACAAGGCCUCCCGCACCUUCCUCAAGAAGAACUCCUGCUACACCCUGCUCGAGGUGCUGUGUCCCUGCGCCGACGCCGGCUCCGACAGCAGCAAGAGGCUCAAGUGGCGGCAGGAGCCGGGGCUCUACCGCCUGGACGCCGAGAGCUUGGGGCUGUCAGCGCAGGACCUGCGGGACCCCGGGGCCGUGAUUGUGGCGUUCAAGGAGGGCGAGCAGAAGGAGAAGGAGGGAAUGCUGCGCCUCCGCCACGCCAACGCCCAGAAAUCGGCGCCGCCCCUGCCGGGCCCGGGCCCUCCCUCCUGCGUGUGCGGGCAGCCCUCUCUGGGCCGGCCAUGCUGCAGUGCCAGCUCUGCCGGGACUGGUUCCACGGCUCCUGCGUGGCCUGGCCCCGCCUGGGCUCCCAGAAACCAUCCCCGGCCUGGUGGGAGUGGGACUCCAAGUUCCUGUGCCCGCUGUGCCAGCGCUCGCGGCGGCCGCGCCUCGAGACCAUCCUGGCGCUGCUGGUGGCCCUGCAGAAGCUGCCGGUGCGGCUGCCCGAGGGCGAGGCCCUGCAGUGCCUCACCGAGAGAGCCAUCACCUGGCAGGACCGCGCCACGCCAGCUCCUGGCCUCCCCCGAGGUGGCCGGGCCCCUGGAGCGCCUGGCGGCCCUGAGGCAGCGGCUGUGCCACGGCGAUGGUGACGGAGCCCUGCGCGAGGCCAGCCGCAACGAGCAGACCAAGGUGUCGGUGGAGAACGGGGACGCCCCCAGCCCGGAGAAGAACGGAGCCCUGCCCUCGGAGCUGGAGGCGCUGGGCGCGGCGCUGCCGCGGCUGCAGGGCCCGGUGCUGGAGCUGCCCGAGGCGGCGCGGCGGCCGCUGGAGGAGCUGAUGAUGGAGGGGGACCUGCUGGAGGUGACGCUGGACGAGGCCCAGAGCAUCUGGCGGCUGCUGCAGGCGACGCGCCCGCCCCCGCUGGGGCUGUUCCGCCUGCUGCUCGAGCUGGAGCAGGCCGAGCGCCGGGGGCCUCGGGCCCGCGGCCGGGACCCCGAGAGGCGCCGGAAGCGCCGGGCGGAGCGGGGAGGGGGGGGGCACCUCCUGCCCUCCCUGGCCAAGGAGGAGCUGGAGCCAAAGAGGAGCCGGGGAACCGAGGGCGGGGGCGACCCCCGGGACCCCCGGGACAGCCCCACGGCCGGGGCCCAGACCCCGGGGGACUCGUGACGCGGCGCCCCCAGCUCGGACACACAGACACAGACACAGACACGGACGGACCGACGGACGCGCCCGACACGGUGGGGAUGGACUGGGAGGGGCCAGCCCGGCCCCGCCCCCUCACCCUGAGCCCCUCCCCCCCAUCCCCACCCCCCCCCCCCCCCGAUUUGGGGCUGGGGGUGCUGGGGGGGGGGGGUGGGGGUCUCUCCCCUCUCCCCUCCCCCCCCCGCGAUGUAAUUAUUUCAUUUCUUUCUUUUGUAUCGUUCAGCCCCGGGGGGGCCCCAAAACGGGGAGGGGGAGCCCCCAAAAUGGGGAGGGGGAGCCCCCCCAGAAUGGGGGAGGGGGAGCCCCCCCAAAAUGGGGAGGGGGAGCCCCAAAAUGGAGGGGGAGGGGCCCCAACCAGCACAGCAGGGCCAGCCCCUCCCCCCCGCCCCUCCCCCACCGGGUUUUUUAUAGGAUUUGGGGGGGGUGGGGGUGGGGGCGGGGCGGAUUUGGGGCUCCCCCUGCCCCUCCCCCCCUCCCCUCCCCCACACUAACGAGGCUCGAGCUCUUCGGAGCGGGGGGGGCGGGGCCGGCCCUUAUUUUAUUGUAUUAUGAUUUUUUUUAUUAUUAUUAAACUUUGGAGGUUAAAAA